AUGGCGAUUCGAGCGCUGAUUCUCCUGUUGGCGAGCGCCAGUGCCAACCAUCCGCCCAAGCAACGGGCCUUGCACCCGGGCACCCAAGCAGCGCGGCUGAGCAUCUCCGCCACUGGAGAAGCGGCGGCGGAGCGGCCCGAGGUCAUGCGUCGAAGCCCUGAAGGAAGGGAACAAGGAGCCAAUGUCAGUUUCAUAGAGAUACAGGAGGCCGAGGUCAAAGAACUACCGGAAGUUGGCAAGGUCCUGGUGAGGAUGGAUGGUGAUUCUCCAUGGGUCCUGCUCAUGAAGCUGAGUCACAACAAGUUCUGUCAUGGAAGCGGCCUGUGGACCGAUGGCAAUGCACUUAAGCCCGAGAAGAUGUUAAACAAAGAAGUCCCAGCUUUUAAGGAGUACGACGCCAAGAGCAUCGCAUUUCACAAGCUAAAGGGCAUCAAUGCGGUAAAGCUGCAGACCAACGCAGUGUCCUUCAAGGACGCACCAGAGGUACACUUCAAGCAGGAGGACACCGCAGAGACUUUGAUGACGACCAACAAGGUGGAUAUCCUUCCCACAGGCGGAUUCAACUCCCAGGACUAUUGGAAGAAGUGGGAGAACGCCUUCGGGAAUGCGCGCGACCGUGCGCCGGCCUUCAUGCGUGCGGGGAAGUUUGUGACGAAUCCCAAGCCCCAGUGCCGCAAAAACCCGGCGAGCCACCCUUCGGGCUGCGGCAAGCUGUGUGUCUUUUGCAUGCAAGCGGGAGAUGGCCAUGGCUGCCCGGUGAAUUCGGCGCAUAAUGACAUCAGUAGCGGCUUGGGUCUCAGCUCGGCCUUCUGCGGUGGUGGUGCGGCAGACAAAUGCAGCACCAGUGGCAUUUGGUCCGGCACUCGGAGCACUUUGGUUUGGGGACGCCUCAAGGAGCUUCCCAAAAAAGAAGAGGAGAAAUCAAGCACCUUGAGCAUCAGCUAUGGCAUAGCGAGCUUGCUGGGAUGCAUGCAGUUCCUCUUGCACUGA